AUGGAUAUGGACGCCAAUCCUAAACUUAAAGCCAUUCUAAAUAGCAAAGCAAGAGAAGCACGUGUGACUCGUCAAUUAUUGCUUUCACAAGUAAUAUUAAUGAAAAUAUCGCCAGGAAUUCUCGAAAAAUUGACCAAUUUAAGACAUCUAUAUAUCGUUGGGUGCUCAUUAACUGGUAGUGUUCCACACCAGUUAGUUAAUAUGUCCAAUUUGCAAACUCUUGAUCUAUCCGAUAAUAAAUUAAAUGUUGUUCCAUCGCCUAUAUUUGAAAAUCUACGCCAAUUAAGAACGGUCGACCUUAGCCGCAAUGAUUUUGUGGCAUUUCCUAAAAGUCUGAAAUAUUUGCAAAAGUUGAAAAAAUUGAAUUUAAGCUUUAAUAAAUUUUUAGAAAUGCCAGCAGAAUUAGGAUAUCUAAAGCAUUUACAGCAUCUGGAUAUGUCUUCCAAUUUAAUCGAUUCUAUAUCUACUGACGCUAUUUGCCAAGCUUGGAAAAAUUCGCUGAUGGUCCUUAAGCUUGCUAAUAAUUUAAUCUCUCGAUUACCAUCCCAAAUUGGCUUACUAACUGCUCUUCAAGAACUGGACAUACGCAAUAAUAGACUUCGAUAUUUACCAGCAACGGCGGCAUUGCUUUUAAAUAUUAGUAUAUUUUGUUAUUCCGGUAACGAAUGGCGUGUAUAUUCACCGCAUUCAAGCUAUAGUUUAUACGGACAACACCUUGAAGAAGACGAUGUUCAAGCCGAUGCAGCUAGUUAUGGACCAGCAGCAUUAGAAAAACUGCUAAGCUACUGUAUAAAUAGUAACGCUGAUGAAAUAUAG